GAAAAAUUAAGAGAAACAAAAUUCCAAAAUUAAGUGCGAAAAUGUUUUGGAAUAUUUUACUUACAAUUUAGCUUCAAAAUUAAUUAGUGAACGUUUUUUGGAAUAUUUGAUGGAUAAAUUUGCUUAAGUUUCGCGAGACAACGAAAAUAAUUAUUUGCGAAGAUAUUUUGGAAUAUUUAACGAACAAUUUAGAUUCAAAAUAAACUUGUGAAUAUUUUUUGGACUAUUUGAUGGAAAAGCUUAAGCAAAUUUCACGAAAAUAAAUACCAGAAAUUUGCAAGCAAAUUUGUAAAAUAUUUUGCUGAUAUUUUCGCUUUAAAAUUCAUUUGUGAACGUAGUUUCGAAAAUUUUGAGCUACCUUGAAUUUAUAAUCCAGUAACGAACCUUUAAUAAUGGGCAAGCUCCGUGCUUUCAUGAUUUUAUGGUGUGCCAUGCUGAUGGUGCAGCAGCCAGGCAUUGCCCAGGGUCCGUGGGGCAUGCUCUCGGAUGACGACCAUGCUGAUGUCAAAGAUACGGGAUCGUGGAAGACUUCACCUCAAGUAACUGAAGAAACUGACGGAACAACCAUGGCCAUGCCAACAGGCAGUCCAGAUGAGGAUUACAACAUUUUUGGCGUUACCGAAGCAGCACCUAAAGGCAGAUUGACCAUCACAUAUGCACCCCAGAUCCGUGGGCCUCGAUUUGGCUCAUCGAAUGGACGUGACACCGAUUUUAAGCGCCAAGUGGCAUUGGCUCGCGCCAAGCGCCGCAAAUUCGCGCUGAUGCAAAAACGUUGCCAGUUCGCAUCGGAACAGACGCUGCAGUCCAUCAAGCAGAAUCCUUUGAUGAAGACCCAAGCACCAAUGUCGCCUGCCCACGUGCCCACUGAAGCCCCUAUGGCCUCUGCUACAGUGAAGGCCUCCAUCGCGACCGCCAGCUCAAACGCUUCUGAUGUGCCAUUUGUAUAUUACAAUAAGGUAGAGACGCCAGCCAGCAAUGCUGAGAUCAAGGUGUUCGAAAUGGCGAUUGAGACCUUUCAGCUGAAACCAUAUGACCACUCGAAACCGAGAAAGUUUCCUCAGGAUAUGAGUGGAGUUCCGUUCUCGGAUACUCUCGAGAAUGGAUCACAGGGUAACCACUCGUCCGAGCACAAUCAAUGUCGCCAGUCAUCGAUGUAUGACAUGUUGCUACCGCUUUUGACACCGCUGAUGAACAUUCUGCAAACAAAAAUGGUGACACAGACAACCACUGAGAAGCCCAAAGGACCAGUUGUGAACAAGCAGACAGCCUGGAAGCAGUCACCUUUUGAUCUGCACAAAGGCACGACAAUUGAAAACCAGUCUCCCCGUGUCACGUACAACAGCAGCGAGGACACAACGGUGGGUGUUGAAUCCCUGAUUCAAAACAGUGCAACAACCCCCACACCAUUUGAGAUGCCGAAAGACCAGUCACUGUUUGAGCUGCAUAAACGCCAAAUUAUCAAAAAGUACAAGGCAGUCCAGCGCCAUCUACGCCAACGCCACCGCCACAAGGAGUCAUCUCUGAAUAACGUCGACAGCGCAAGAGUCCCUUCAUUUGGGAGCCCAAUGUGGGAGGACCAGUCACCGUCUGAGCUGCGCAAAAGUCGAAAAACUCGAAUUGCAAAGCGCAAGGCAUCCCACCAUCAACGCCACCGAAGCCACCAACUUCACCGUGACACGGACAAGGGUGACGACGAGAACUCGCCGAAAGACUUUGGGAUGCACAAAAAACCAAAAAUAGAGCACCAGUCACCGGCUGAGCUACACAAACGCCAGCAGAUGGCCAAGAAGAAGGCAGGCUACAACCAACAACGCCACAGCCACAAGACCCCAACUCCGCGGACUGAAGACCAGAAUACCGACGAGGACAUAAGGAAAUUCCUUGCGGAGCACAAUCCCUUUAAGAUGAACGACAGCUCAAAUUUGGAGAAGAUUCUCAACAGCCAAAGGAUCAAAAACCCCUUUCAGUUGCACAGCAUCCGCGUGGAUCACCCAACGAUGGCUCCAUACGUGACAACGACGACACCUCUUUGGCUGAGCAACGUCUCAAACAAGGAGAAGAAGUUACCAUUUGAGCUGAGCGACGACAGCUGGGUCACACCAUCGUAUGCCGAAUUUCUGAACAACCGUGAGGCCGUGAUGAAAUCCUUGGAGAUGCCAUACAGCCCACCGUGGGAGGAGCUGCAGAAGAGCCAAGAGAUAAAAAAUCAGUCGCCCUCUGUGUUUCCAUGGCAUGCAGCAUACCCAAAUAACGACAAGGUCUUCGCAACACCGUUAAAGCUGCACAAAAUACCAAAGGAGGAGAGCCCGUCGCCAUUUGAGAGAAAGGUCAGUCCAGUGUCGGAGGGCCAGGCAUCGUUGGAGCUGCACAAGAGUCCGAAAAGUGAAAGCCAGGUGCCCUUUGAGCUUCUUCACAGCCGCGAAAACCAACCCUUGUACCCUCUAUACCCGAAUAACGGCGAGCACACGGCGACACCCAUUAAGCUGCAUGAUCACAGCCCAAAGAUAGAUUAUAAUAAGUCACCCUUCGAGACUUACCAGAACCCAAAGCUGGAGAACCAAUCGCCGUUUGAGAUGUACCUAAAACCAAAGGUGGGAUCGCCCCUUGAGUUGCGCCACAGCCACUUGGAUCAGCCAACGUAUGCUCCAUUACACCCAACUAAUGACGAGGAGACGCUAAAACCUUUAGAGCUGCAGAGCAGCCCACCGAAGGAGAAUAAGUCACCAUUUGGGAUGCAACACAGCCCAUUGAUGGACAACCAGUCGGCCUUUAAGAUGCGCCAAAGCACCGUGGAGCGCCCAUUGUAUCCCACAUACCCGAGGAUCAAUGCGGGCAUUCCGAAGAUCACAGAGAUGAAUCAACUCAGGAAUACCGUCAAAAAGACUUUGCUGACCAAUCCCCGUGUUGCCGCAUGGCUGCUGGAUAUUAUCGACGAGGCUAAGGCCAUAGCGACCGAAAAAAUUAAGAAAUUGACGCUCAAGCGACAGGCUGACAGCAAGAAGGAAGAACUGGAGACAUUUUACAACCCCAAGGAAACUAUUGAAGGCACCGCACCUGUCCUCACCUGUCCCGUUCGCCAAGGACCUCCUGGCAAAUCGCAAAGGCGAUACACUGAUUUAGGUUUCUAGAUAUAAGAAGAUAAUAGCGAAUAGGAUGUUAGGUUGAUAGGUAGCUAGGAUUUUGAUUUGUUCUUGGGGGUCACAUCUAAAUUUGUAGGUUUUUCUAAAUCAAUUUUAAAUGUAGUAUUUUAGGGCAAUUGUUUAGUUUAAUAGAAAUUAAGUUAGCUUCUGGGAAUGUUAAAUUGUUUAAAUGUUUUUUGGUUUUUUUGCAUGAAAAAUGAUUGAAUGCCAAAACAAAAGAUUUGAGAUUAGAUGCACACUUGUAAGA